AUGAAGCCCGGCAGAAGGUUCCCCCUCUUCUUGGUGGCUCUCCUGGCCAUUUGGUCCCAGUUGCCCUCCGUGGAUGGGGGGACAGACCCCUGCACCCUGCCCAAAGACCAAGGCUCCUGCUACGCCAUGCUCUCCCGCUGGUUCUACAACGCCCCGGCCAAGAGGUGCGAGGGCUUCACCUACGGAGGCUGCGAGGGCAACGCCAACAACUUUGAGACCAAGGCGCAGUGCGAAAAGUACCUGUGGCCACCACGGGCUGGAACGUUGGACUAUGGCUCCCGUUGCCUCUUGACCAUGGCAAUCCUCUGGCUGACCCUGGGCAAGGCACACUCCAAGGAGGUGGACUCCAAGGCGGAAGGUGCCCAGCCGAGAGCAACACAAAGGGUCAAAGGCUUGGAAGGCAUGGGUCCCUCUGAGGAGCAGCUGAGGGAACUCAGGAUGUUUGGUCUGGAGAAAAGGCUGAAGGGAGGACAUGUCUGCACCCUGCCUAGAGACGCCGGGCCCUGCGACGCCGUGCAUCCCCGCUGGUGCUACAACUGGGCAGGUCGGAAGUGUGAAAAAUUCACCUACGGAGGGUGCGGAGGAAAUGGAAACAACUUCAGGACUCUGGAAGAGUGUCAAGGUUCAUGCGGGCAUCAUGGAUCUCGCUAAUUGGACUCCAGGGAAGAUGGACAUCUUUAGAGGUCUUCUCACGCCACUUCUCUAUGUGCGAUAUUGGAAGAUGCACA